AUGGCGGGAAUUAUUGGCGGUAUGGAACCAUUUGAGGAAUCCGGUAAACAAUGGGCAACGUAUAUUGAACGUUUUGAGAAUUAUAUCCUGGCUAAUGAGAUCAGGGAUGCUAAGAAGGUGCCGGUUCUAUUGAGUGUGAUAGGGCCAAAGACCUACGGAUUAUUGCGCAGUCUGAUUGCUCCAGAUAAGCCUGGGGAGAAGACGUAUUAUGACGUUGUAAAGUAUGCUCUGAGAUCCAAAGUAGAGGCUGAACUGACCCGCCUCACUGACCUUGGCGUGAUCUCACCAGUGGAGCAUAGUGACUGGGCCACACCCGUAGUUCCUGUCAACAAGAAGGAUGGCACGGUGAGACUUUGUGGUGAUUUCAAAGUCACCCUCAACCAAGCACUCUGUGUGGACAAGUAUCCUAUUCCACGCAUUGAGGAUCUCUUUGCAUCGCUAGCUGGAGGUCAACGCUUCAGUAAACUGGACUUGUCAAAUGCAUACCUACAGAUGGAAGUAGUGGAGGAGUCGAGGAAGCUACUGACUAUUUCCACACAAAAAGGACUUUUCUGCUACAACCGCUUGCCCUUCGGUAUUUCGUCGGCACCAGCGUUGUUCCAGAAGGCUAUGGAUCAAGUGCUCGUUGGAUUGCCAUUCACGCACUGUUAUCUCGAUGACAUUCUGGUUAGUGGGCCAGAUGAAGAGACCCACCUGAAAGCCCUGGACGACGUUCUCACGAGACUGGAGGAGUAUGGUCUCCAUGUCAAAAAGGAUAAGUGCAUGUUUUUCCAGGAGUCAGUAGAGUAUCUAGGUCAUAUCAUCGAUGCUGCCGGGCUCCACAAGUCGCCAGAGAAGGAACGCGCUGUUGUGGAGGCACCGGCACCCACCAACGUUAACCAACUACGCUCGCUCCUCGGAAUGAUAAACUACUAUGGACGUUUCAUCCCGGACCUGGCAACCAUCCUGCAACCACUUAAUGCACUGCUGCACAAAGGGAAGAAAUGGCAGUGGACUACAGCUUGUGAGGCAGCGUUCCGAAAAGUGAAAGAGCUCAUGGUAUCUCAGAAGGUGCUAACCCACUACAACCCUGAGCUGCCCCUCCGUCUAGCCUGUGACGCUUCGCCCUAUGGGGUAGGGGCUGUACUCUCUCACGUCAUGCCUGAUGGUGUAGAGAAACCUAUCGCUUAUGCGUCAAGAACACUCAGCAAAGCAGAGCAGAACUACGCCCAGAUUGAGCGAGAGGCGCUGGGGAUAGUCUUUGGCAUACGUAAGUUUCACCAGUAUCUCUAUGGUAACAAGUUCACUCUACUCACAGACCAUCGCCCACUGACCUCCAUUCUCAGUCCAGUGAGGAGUACGCCGUUGAUGGCUGCAGCCCGCAUGCAGCGCUGGGCGCUCCUCUUGUCAGCGCAUGAUUACACUAUAGAGUAUCGUAAGGCUUCAGCACAUACUAAUGCAGAUGGACUGUCAAGGUUGCCACUUCCGGACACUCACGAUGACAAGAUAGACACCGUAGAUGUGUUUUACAUGUCACAGUUAGACACACUACCAAUCAGUACCACUGAUAUCCGAAACAACACUAGAUCUGACCCUACACUGUCUCGCGUACUAGAGAUGGUCACUACUGGACAUUUUCCAAACACGAAAAACACAGAUACUGAACUGUCUGUUUUCCUGACUCGUCAAAAUGACCUCACAAUCCAACAGGGAUGCCUCAUGUGGGGCACACGAGUGGUAGUGCCACCCAAGCUACGGCCCCGGGUGCUCAACAAGCUACAUACAGCACACCCAGGGGUAGUGAGGAUGAAAAGCUUGGCACAGUCGUAUGUCUGGUGGCCAGGUAUUGACUCUCAGAUCGAGCUCCAGGCCAAUUCCUGCCACUCAUGCCAGCGUAGUCAGAGAGAACCGAGUCUUGCCCCUCUACAUCCAUGGAUGUGGCCUUCCAGUCCUUGGGAAAGGAUUCACGUGGACUUUGCUGGUCCAUUUGAAGGACACAUGUAUCUUGUGGUAGUAGAUGCUCAUUCUAAAUGGCCCGAGGUGCAAAUCAUGGAUAGCACCACAGCAAGCAAGACCAUCACAGUACUGAGGGGCCUUUUCAGUCGCCACGGCCUUCCUCACAUUCUCGUAAGCGACAAUGGACUCCAGUUCUGUUCUGAGGAAUUCGCCACAUUCCUGAAAGCCAAUGGAGUCAAGCACAUUCGCUCAGCGCCGUAUCACCCUGCUACGAACGGCCUGGCCGAGCGCUUUGUACAGACUUUCAAACACGCC